AUGUCUUCAAUUGCUGCCAUGGCUUCGCGCCGGGCUUUCGCCCGUCAGUCUCUUUUCCGGGCUGCCCCGCGACGAAACUACAGCUCCAAGCUAGAGGAAGCCACCCUCGACAAGGCUCCCAAGCGCGACCCCGAGCUCUACGUUCUGCUUGGUGUCAUGUCCGGAGCUUUCCUGAUUGCUGGAUGGUACUUCGGUAGAAAGCCCACCUCGGUCACCUCUGAGAGCAACGUUCGCAUUGGAGAGAGCGCCAUGCCUUGGGAGCGCGAUGACGACGGCAAGAUCUACAAGUACCAGUACCACCCUCACGGUGACAAGAGCCAGCCCCUCAGAAACGCUCCCAGCGCUCUGAACACCGUCAUUGUCCCCAAUGUCACUCUGCCCGCGGACCUUCACGAGCGCUUCAACAAGUACGGUAAGGAGGAGUGGGACUACUAG